AAUGAGAAUCAGAUGUUGCUUUUUUAAAAAGAAUGAAAGUGUAGAGAAGAAAUUGGGCAAAAAAGACAAAGUCGAACAGUCACUGUUUUGUAAAUUGUAAACAUGCAAAGAGAGAUAGAAACCAAAAAAACCGCUUCAUUCAGAGUAUUUUCUCCCUUUAUAAAACCUUUCCAGUUUCGAAGAAACUUACACCAAAGGUGCUGCUCUCUAGUCUCGACACAGACCAUUGAUGAUAAGUUCUUCGAUUAAAAAAAUGAGUGUUUUUGUCUUUGUUUCUUGAAAUUCCAACACUUGUCUCCGACUCUGUUUUUUUUUUGUUUCAGUUGUCUCCGACUCUGUUUUCUCUCUGUUGCUUCCGACUCUGUUUUUUUUUUAUUAUUUUUUUGUGAUGAUGGCCACAAACACUGUUAGAUUCUCUGAUUCCUACGAAAUAAGCAACACAAGCGGCAACAGCAGCUUCUUCGCAGCCGAGUCAUCUAUCGAUUACCCUUCGGAUGUCCUCACAUCAUCGGAGGUAGCAGCGCUUCAGCUUCUCUCCAACUGUCUCGAGUCUGUUUUCGACUCCCCGGAGACUUUUUACACUGACGCUAAGCUCGUUCUCUCCGGCGGCCGGGAAGUUUCUUUCCACCGUUGUAUUCUUUCGGCGAGAGUUCCCGUCUUCAAAAGCGCUUUAGCCACCGCAGCUGCCGCCAAGAACCAAAGAUCCACCGCCGUGAUCAAGAUCGAGCUUAAAGAGAUCGCCAAGGACUACGAAGUCGGCUUUGACUCCGUGAUGGCUGUUUUUGCUUACGUCUACAGCGGCAGAGUGAGGCCGCCGCCGAGAGGAGCUUCUGAUUGCGUAGAUGACGAUUGCUAUCACGUGGCUUGCCGGCCGGUGGUGGAUUUCAUGGUCGAGGUUCUCUAUUUGGCUUUCGUUUUCCAGAUUCCAGAGCUAAUGACUCUGUAUGAGAGACAGUUCUUGGAUAUUGUAGACAAAAUUGUGGUAGAAGACAUCUUGGUUAUAUUAAAGCUUGAUACUCUAUGUCCUAAAGCAUACAAGAAGCUUCUUGAUAGAUGCAUAAAGAUUAUUGCAAAGUCUGAUAUGGAAUUUGUUAGUCUUGACAAGUCUUUACCGCAACACAUUGUCAAGCAAUUCACUUACAUACGUAAAGAGUUUUUUUUAGAGCCACCUGAACUUAAAAAACAUGUCAAGAAUAUAUACAAGGCACUCGACUCGGAUGACGUUGAGCUUGUCAAGAUGCUUUUGACAGAAGGACACACUAAUCUUGAUGAGUCGUAUGCUCUUCAUUUCGCUGUCGCGCAUUGCGAUGUGAAGACAGCGUAUGAUCUUAUCAACUUAGAGCUUGCGGAUGUUAACCGUAGAAAUCCAAGAGGGUACACUGUUCUUCAUGUUGCUGCGAUACGGAAGGAGCCGAAGCUGAUAGUAUCUCUGUUGACAAAAGGUGCAAAUGCUUUGGAUACAACGUUAGAUGGUAGAACCGCUCUCGUGAUUGCAAAAAGACUCACUAAAGCGGAUGAUUACAAUACUACUACAGAGCAAGGUAAGCCUUCUCUCAAAGGUGGAUUAUGUAUAGAGGUACUUGAGCAUGCACAAAAACUAGAAUAUCAGUUGCCUAGAGAAGCUUCACCUUCUCUUCCAGUGACUCCCGAGGAACUGAAGAUGAGGUUGCUCUAUUAUGAGAAUCGAGUUGCAUUGGCUAAAAUUCUCUUUCCAGUGGAAGCUGUAAUUGUAAUGGAAAUCGUCAAAUUGGAUGAAACAUGCGAGUUUACAGCUUCUAGUCUCGAGCCUGCAGAUCCAAAGCGGACAUCACUGGACCUAAACAUGGCACCGUUCAUAAUCCAAGAAAAGCAUUUGAGUAGACUAAGAGCACUUUGUGACACCGUGGACCUGGGGAAACGCUAUUUCCCACGCUGUUCGCUGGAUCACUUUAUGGACACGGAAGACUUGAAUUAUCUCGCUAGCGUAGAAGAAGACACUCCUGAGAAACGGCUUCAGAAGAAGCAAAGGUACAUGGAACUACAAGAGACUUUGAUGAAGACCUUCAGUGAGGGCAAGGAGGAAUUUGGCAAGUCUUCCACAUCGAAACCUACAUCUGCGAUGAGGUCUAAUAGUAAACUCUCUCAUCAUCGGCGCCUGAGAGUGGACAGACGAGAUUUUGUGAAACAACCUUGCCGGAACGGGAGUUCGGGAAUGAAAAAUCAUGUCACAUUUCACUCCUCCAACUAAAAAUGUGAUGUCUCAUAUGUUUUGAAACAGGAUGAGAGUUUUGGCCAUCCCUAUGUAAGUUUUUUUGUAUACGUACCACAUGUAUAUUUGUUACUCUCUCUCUCUCUCUCUCAUCUGUGAGUAUAGUUUUGUUCUUCACUUUUUGCAUCCUGCUCCAAGUGCGUUUCAUACAAAUAUUGUAAUUCUGUAACAAGAACAAACGCACUUGUUCUAUGGAUUCAGUUCACUCAAGAGAUUGUUUUUUAGUGUGAUACAUUCUAAUAAAUAACCAUUUUAUUCA